ACCUCUGACUCCCAAGCCCGGCCUCUUUCCGCUGAGCCACGCUGCUUCCCAAGGGUCGGGAGGAUCCCUGGGGAACCUGGCGGCUGCUGAGUGUGCUGAUUGCUUCAACACUUCACAUUGAUUGUCAACAUUAUAAAUAUUUAAAAUGCCAACGGUGGAAAGUGAAGCAAAGGCGAAAACCAAGGUUCGUUUCGAAGAACUCUUCAGGAGCCAUGCUGGGUUAACAACUGACAAGAAGAAACCGAAGAAGAAGGCAAAUUCUCAAGAAGACAUUGCGCUUGACACCUUUAGAAGUGAUCUUGAUCUAGGUAAAGGAUCUGGAAAUGAUGAGGUAAUUAUCAACACUAUCUACCAUCCCAAGAAGAGCCUGGGCUUCACCAAAAACAAACCAAGAGAAGAAAGCUCAGUGGCUGAUAAAGCAAACAUCGAUGUCAUCAGUGGAGAAGAAAACAAGCAAAUCAAGACAAACAAGAAGAAAAAGAAAACAGUAUUGCAAGAACAAUUUAAUGAGGAGGAAAAUGCACAUAAAACUUUACAGGAGAGUUUUGAAAGGAAGAUUAAUGAUGACUCCCCCAAAGCCCGCAGAAGUAAAUCACAGUCAGGUGCACCUCAUCCACAAGGUGACAAGAUAAAAAAUGCCUUGCCAGAAGUGAGAGUUAUAACUGAAUUAGAUGAGGAAGAACAGUUAAUUCAAGCCUAUGAGCUGCAAGUGGCUGAGGAUGAGGCAAAUGCAAUUAGAAGGAAAAUAAGGAAGAAACUUAAAGAACAGAUGUCUGAAUUUUCCACUGAUGUUCAAAGUCAUGAGGUUGUAUUGAAAAAUGAAGUAGGAAAAAAAAAGAAAAAGAAAAAAGAAAUUCCUCUAACAUCUGAAGCCGAGACAAGUGCAAUGUCCCUCUCUGAACUGCAACAAAUUCCAGUUGAAGAUAAUUUCAAUAAAAAGAAGUCCUUAGAGGGAGUGCCUGCAUCAGUUUUCAGUCAGAAUGAUGAAAUGAAGACAGAAGAACAAAGCACAGAAGAUGACAUAAAACUGCCAACACCUAAAGCAAGGAAGGCAGCAAAGAAAUCCAAAAGAGUUUCAGAAGAUAACACAAAGGACACAAAACCCAGCAAAAAUAUUAUCCAAGAAGCGACAAGACCAGAGGUUUCAACUCAGUCCAAGUGUGGAUUUGAUGAUUCCCACGUUCUGGGAAUCUAUAUUCAUCGAACUGAUCGACUUAGAACAAAUUUUCUGAUUUCUCAUCCUAUGGUAAAAAUCCAUGUGAUUGAUCAAAAUACAGGAACGUAUGUCAAGAAAGAACAUAGUAACCGGGCAGUUUCAUCUUUUUAUGAACAAGAGGGAGUUGAACAUAUUCUUCCUAUUAUGACCCAACCAUAUGAUUUUAAAUACUUCAAGUCAAGACUUCCAGAAUGGGAGGAACAAAUUGUGUUUAAUGAGCGUCUUAAUUAUUUCCUCCAAGAAUCCGAAGACAGCCCGAUAGUCAUCCUGUUUUUUGAGAUACUUGAUUUCUUAAGCAUGGAUGAAGCUAGAGCCAACUCUGAAGUUCAAGUCCAAGAAAGUGGUUUUCGCAAAAUUGCCUGGGCAUUUUUGAAGCUUGUGGGAGCCAAUGGAGUUUUAAAUAUCAAUGGGAAACUUCGUCUGCAACUAUACACCCCACCUUCUAGGACUAGAUCACAAUUAAAUGUUGUGGAGGUUUUUGAAUGGUGGUCAAAAUGUCCUAGAAAUCGUUAUCCUUCAACACUGUAUGUAACUAUAAAGGGUUUAAAACUACCAGAUCAUGUUGAUCCUUCUUUCCGGUCUAUGAUGGCUCUUCAGCAGGAACAAGGGAAUACGUCGUAUUGUGACCUUCAGAAGGAGACUACGAAGGGCACUGAAUCAGAUGCAGAUGAUAAAAGCAAGGAAUUAGUAAAAUGGUCAAGGCUGCCUGGGCAGGUUUGUCGUAUCCCAAAUAGGCAUCAUUUGUCACUGCGGGCAGGGGAGCGAGGUUGUUUCUCUAUUAAUUUCUCCCCAAAUGGAAGAAUAUUAGCAGCAGCAUGUGCAGGGCGUGAUGGGUACCCUAUUAUUUUGUAUGAAAUUCCUUCUGGAUGCUUCUUAAGAGAACUUUGUGGUCAUCUUAAUAUUGUAUAUGAUCUUUGCUGGUCAAAAGAUAAUCAACAUCUCCUUUCUGCAUCCUCUGAUGGCACAGUCAGAUUGUGGAAAGUUGAAAAUCAGGGAGCACCAGCUAUUAAAGUUUUCCCUCAUCCUUCUUUUGUUUAUACGGCUAAAUUCCACCCAAUUGCAGACUAUCUGGUGGUGACAGGAUGCUACGAUUCUGUGAUUAGAGUAUGGAAUGUUAAAGUUAAAGAAGUUCAUGGUCAGUUGCUGCAAGAGUUUGAUGGGCACAAACAUUUUAUUAAUUCUCUCUGUUUUGACGCCGAAGGACUUCACAUGUUCUCAGGAGACAGCUCAGGGCUGAUCAUUGUAUGGAAUACUUUUGUCAAAGGAAGCUCUCAGCAACACCCAGUUCGACAUUGGGGCAUAAAUAAGGAAAUAAGGGAAAAUGAUAUCAAAGGAAUCCCAAUAAGUCAUUUAGAGGUGCAUCCAAAUGGCAGGCGUUUGUUGAUUCAUGCCAAAGAUAGUACUCUAAGAAUUAUGGAUCUCCGAAUAUUAGCAACAAGAAAGUAUGUAGGGGCCACAAACUAUAGGGAGAAGAUUCAUAGUACAUUGACUCCUUGUGGGACUUUUCUUUUUUCUGGGAGUGAAGAUGGUAUAGCCUAUGUUUGGAACCCAGAAACAGGAGACCAAGUAGCUAUGUAUUCUGACCUUUCUUUCACAUCGCCUCUUCGAGAUGUUGCUUUUCAUCCACUUGAACACAUGGUGGCAUUUUGUGCAUUUGGUCAAAAUGAGCCCAUCCUGGUGUACAUUUAUGAUUACAGCGUUGCACAGCGGGAGGCUGAAAUGGUAAAAGAGUCCAGUGGAUCACUUGCGUCAGCUGGAGCACAUAGAAAUCCACAGAUUCUUAGUAAUCCUGCAAUGCAAGAUCCGACCAUAUCUCCAGCAGACCAGUUUGCCAGUGCUGCCAGAAUGUCUAUGAGAAUGCAGAAAGUGAAACACAAACUUGAAUCUGUCACGGCCAGCUCAAAUCUCUUGCUUCCUGCUCCAUCACUGUGCUCACCACACUCCAAGUUGAGGCUGCCAAGCAUGCUGGGCACUCAUCUGAUUCCACAGCAUUCAUGUACCACUCAAAGCGGGGGUUUCAGCCCAGUAGGAAAGCCACUUAAUCGAAUGCCAUCAGUCACACUACCAACGAGUGACAAACACUUUCCGACAUCACUGCAUAAGGUCGUGGCUCUUUAUGACUACCCAGCGCAUCGAUCAGAUGAGCUAACCAUCCAUCGAGGUGACAUUAUCCAAGUGUUGUACAAAGAUAAUGAUAACUGGUGGUUUGGCUGCUUAGCAAGUGGACAGCAAGGUUAUUUUCCAGCUAAUUAUGUGGCUGGUGAAACACAAAAUGAAGAUGUACAAUCAUCAGAGAUAGUACAUGAUUCCUCUCCCCUUCUCCCCCAUGAACAAACUGAGGCAGAGAAAGGGCCUACAACUCCAAGAAAGCUGUCAGCAGUCCUCAGACAGUCCGUGGACCUUCAUUUUACCUCAGAGCAUGACACAUAUUUAGACUCACCUGUGACACAAGGUGCAGGGAGGAAGAAGAAGAAGGAGGAGGAGGAAGAAGAAAGACAAACGGAUGCAAUGACAGAAAUAAAACCUAACCUAACAGCUCGUCGCACUUCCCAAACGUCAGGUGCUGUUGCGCAGAUAGAAAGCAAAGUGGCACCUCCUGGCCUGAGUGCAGGAUCAAAGAAUAAAAAGCGAACUGGAAUUCGGGCCAAGAGGACUGGAAGGGCGAAUGUGGCCUUCGAGCCCAACUGUUAGGAGCCAUUGUAACAGGUGGGCCCAAGGAUCUUGGUCUACACAUUUGGGAUUGCAUCCGAUUGACCACAGUUAGCAAACUGAUACAGAAGAACCCUUCUACAGUUCACAAUCCAGAAAGAAAAAGAGUGUGAACUGAGAGGAGAUGAGCGCAGCUGUCCUUCAACCAUUUUUUAGGGGUACCUAAAAACACAUAAAAGAGAGAAGCAGUGUGGCCUAAUGGAAAGAGUCAGAAGAUCUGGGUUCUAAAAUCUGCUCUGCCACCUGCCUGCUA